GUUUUUAGGAACGGCACCGGAAGUGGAGUAGUUGUCAGAGGGUGAUUGAGAAGCAUUGGAGUCGGAAUGUGGGCGGCACUAGAAAGGUGUUUUUAGUUCAACGUGACAAAUCGACCUGCAAGUUUUAGUCACUUGUAGGAAAGUCAAGGUGGUGCGAAGAGGUUCACAUGUUCCGAUUGAGUCUGGGGAGAGAGACGGAGUCCCGGACGAGAGAAAUUCAUCAUCAAUGAACCUAUAUAGGAAUUUUGGGAAUCUCCUUGAGAGUUGGGUGACUGAAGGCUCCCAGGAUUUGUACUUACAGACAGGAUCUGGUCUGGACCGAUUAGAUUCCGUUUCUAGGGACUCCGUCCCGCUAUCCAAUGUAAAAUCAGAAUCGGAGGACUCCGGAUUUGAGACGGUUAGUACAACUAGUCCUUGUCAUUCUCAUCAGUGUAGUGUUUUGACAUCUGAAGAAUCACAGCCAGCUUUUGGCUCUACAGAGGACGAGGCUCAACCUUCAUCCCCGUCUCCUUCUGUUUGCUCCUCCUCAUCCUCAAGUGUCACUCUCAGCUCUGUGGCUCCAAUAACGACAUGUCUGGAGGUGGAGCAAGUCUUAAGAAGGACAGAUUCACCCUCAUGGAGAGGACCCCUGCAACAGAUUGAAAGGGGGACCGCUGGGCCACGGUAUCGCUCUAACACAACCUCUUGUACAGCCAGCUUUCACUCAAACAGCUCCAGAUCACAUCAUCGCUACGCUCGUCCAAGAAGAACUCAUUCACAACCUCCAGAUCCCAAGAAAGCAGCGUUGUACAGAAAACACCUAAAAUCACACCAGCAUGGCCAAUCAGUACACAGCCAGUUGGAGCAGCUUGCAGACGGUGAUCAAUACAGGCUGGACAAGCUGUCUCCAGGGUUGCUGUACCUGGAGCAGGUGUGCAGGAUGCUGGAGAACAUUGCAAAGCUACAGCAGCAAAACUACAGCCUGCAGAAAGAGGUGGAGAUUCUGAAGAGUCAGCAUGCUGAAAUAAAGUGUCGAAACUUGCAUGAGGAGGAAAUAGGCUAUCCUGCAAGUCAAAGUUUACGAAUUCUUGGUCAUGAAGAUCCACCCAGCAAACAGAUUCACCUAAAAGAACCCAUGGGGUUUCGUCACAGAUCGGUAUCUGACACUCAGGCAGCUGUCAGCCAUCGCAGGAGAACAAGGUUUGCGCGAGAACCUGCUGCAGGUGUCUUAGUCGAGGAACCUGAUGGUAAAGAUCCUCUACCGGAAAAUGAGCACAAAAAGCCGAGUAAGAUCCACAAGCUGAAAUUUGCAUCAUUUAGAAGGCAGGAAACACAGCUGUCUGACAGAGAAAGCAAAAGCUCUCAGCCUAAGAAGAAAACAAGAAUGCCCAGCUUUUUCAGCAGGAGCAGAAGUAUGACUACACGUCUCUAAAAUUCAUGCCACAUUGAUGCCCAGUGAUGGUGGCUCACAGUGGAGAGGCACACCUCCCAUUUACCUGAGGAUUAUGGCAUUUUUACACUCUCAAAAUAGGGUACAAAAGCUGUCACUGGCGUGGCAUCCUUUAAAAUGGUAACAGUUACUAACAUGUACAUUUUGGGUACUAAUAUAUGUGACCCUGGACCACAAAACCAGUCAUAAGGGUAAAUCUGAAAGCUGAAUAAAUAAGCUUUCCAUUGAUGUAUGGUUUGUUAGGAUAGGACAAUAUUUGUUCGAGAUACAAAUAUUUGAAUAUGUGGAAUCUGAGGGUGCAAAAAAAUCAAAAUAUUGAGAAAAUCGCCUUUAAAGUUGUCCAAAUGAAGUUCCUAAUAAUGGAUAUUACUAAUCAAAAAUUAAGUUUGGAUAUAUUUACAGUAGGAAUUUUAUAAAAUAUCUUCAUGGAACAUGAUUUUACAUAAUUCCCUAAUGAUUUUUGGCACAAAAGAAAAAUCAAUAAUUUUGACCCAUAAUAUGUAUUUUUGGCUAUUGCUACAAAUAUACCCCAGCGACUUAAGACUGGUUUUGUGGUCCAGGGUCACAUAUAUCCUUUAAGCCAAUUUUAGGGGUAAAUAAGGUACAGAUGUGUACCUUUUGAAAGGGUACUGGUGGGUACCGUAUUGGCCCACUGAGAGCUUAAGUAUAUUUUUGGAGAGUGUAUGUGUAGCCUAUUUUAAUCACAGUACUGAGUAGUACUAAAUAUCUUCAUGUACUUAAUGAAUAACUGUUCGGAACUGUCAGUGCACUUUGUAUUUGUUAGUCCUAUUGUAUAUAAAGUACCAUGCAAUGUAAAUUGCUGCUGUUUUGUUCUUGUUUCACUGUAUUAUAGCAUUUUUGCAUUUAUCAUGAUCUCAGUCUGUAAACUUUUGCUGCUAAAAGAAUUUCUUAUUUUGUAAGUGUAAAGUUAUUUACAUUUGUUUAAUGUAAUAAAAUACACAGUACAAUA